AUGUCGCUGAGCCCCAAGCACACGACGCCCUUCUCCGUCACGGACAUCCUCAGCCCCAUGGAGGAGACGUACAAGAAGUUCGGCACCAUGGACGGCAGCCCCGGCCUGGGCGCCCCGCUGGGCACCUACCGCCCGCCGCCGGGGCCCGCGGCCGCCGCGGUGCCGCAGCACGUAGUGGCGGGCGCCAACGCGGCGACCGCCUACCACAUGCCCCACGGCGUCUCCCAGUUCGCGCACGGCGCCGUCGGGGGCUACUGCAACGGGGGGCUCGGCAACGUGGGCGAGCUGCCCGCCUACCCCGAGGGCAUGAGGAGCGGCGCGGCGGCCGGCGGCUGGUACGGGGCCAACGGCGACCCCCGGUACCCCGGCAUCUCCAGGUUCAUGGGCCCGUCGGCGGGGAUGAGCGUGGCCGGCAUGGGCAACCUCGGCGGCAUCGCCGACGGCGCCAAGGCCAUGGUGCCGCUGCACGCGGCGCCGCGGAGGAAGAGGAGGGUGCUCUUCUCCCAGGCGCAGGUCUACGAGUUGGAGCGGCGCUUCAAGCAGCAGCGGUACCUCUCGGCGCCCGAGCGGGAGCACCUGGCCAGCGUGAUCCACCUGACGCCCACGCAGGUGAAGAUCUGGUUCCAAAACCACCGCUACAAGAUGAAGCGCCAGGCCAAGGACAAGGCCGCCGCGCAGCAGCUGCACCCCGACGGCGGUGGCAGCGGCGGCCUCUGCCAGCAGCACUCGCCGCGCCGCGUCGCCGUGCCCGUGCUGGUGAAGGACGGCAAGCCCUGCCCGCCGCCCGGCAGCGGCACCCCGGCGCCUGGCCAGCCGGCGCCCCAGGCGCAGGGCGGCUCCAGCGGGGCGCUGCCCGCCGCCGGCACCGCCGCGCACCCGCACCCCGGCUCACUGGGGCAGGCGGCCGACCUGGAGGAGCUCUCGUCCAGCCCGCCGGCGCUGCACGGCCAGCCGGCCGCCCUGGCGCCCAUGGACACGGCCAGCGCCGACUACGGCGGCGGCGGCGGCGGCAUGGUCGGCCCCAACCUGCUCUACAGCAGGACGUGGUAA